AAAAGGUAUACAAUACCUAACCUCAAAAUCACUGAAGUGAUGAGGCAAGUCUUCCUUUGGCUCGUUAAUAAAUUCAUAAUAAACGUUAAAAUAGUCAAUAUUCUUGUUUGUAAAUAGUUGCAUUAAAAAAUGCAGUAGUAUUUCUACUUGGAAUUUUUACAGUGAAUGGAAAAUAGUAGCAAUAAGGUAUUGAAAAUUAACAAAGAAAAAAUUUGAUUGCAUCUUGGUGGGUUUGGUACAUUGUAUUUGUAUAUAUAUGUAUAUAUAUUUUAAUAAAGGAAAGGAAUUUAUCUUUUGAAACUUAUUAAUUCCGAAACUUGAUGAAUGUCUGAAAGUGAUUACGAUUCAGCAACGGAAUAUACGAGCCUCAUGGACGGCCACGCGGAAGUUCGCACGGACGGCCUAGGCUCCAGUGUUGAAAAUCGAAAAAGAAAACGUCUUGCAAAAGCUGCCAGUAAUGCAGAGGUGGAAAAUGGAGUACCUGAGGUGCGUAUUGAAAAUCCAGGAGGCUCAAACUUUGGAGAUUCGGGAAGAGGUGGGCGAGAUUAUCAAAGGGAACUGGAUGCUCAGCAAUUAGCGGAAGAGGAGGAAGAGCUCAAAUAUGGUGCUGCGCACGUUAUAAAAUUAUUCGUUCCUGUUUCGCUUUGUAUGUUAGUCGUUGUAGCCACAAUCAGUUCCAUAUCAUAUUACAGUGUCAAAGGACUAUAUUUGGUGUACACGCCAUUUCACGACGAAAAUCCGGAUACGAGUACGAAAUUAUGGCAAGCUGUUGCCAAUUCACUUAUUUUGAUGGUGAUCAUCGUGACUAUGACUAUAUUACUCAUUAUUCUUUAUAAAUACAGAUUUUAUAAAGUAAUUCACGCAUGGCUGAUGCUUAGCUCUUUAAUGAUACUAUUCCUUUUUUCAAUCUUAUACUGCGAAGAAGUGCUAAAAGCUUAUAAUAUGCCAAUGGAUAUAAUUACUCUGACGAUAAUAUUAUGGAAUUUCGGAGUUGUUGGAAUGAUUUGCAUUCAUUGGCAAGGACCAUUGCAAUUACAGCAGGCGUAUCUUAUUUUUAUUGCCGCAUUAAUGGCGUUGAUUUUCAUAAAAUAUUUGCCCGAAUGGACAGUUUGGGCCGUGUUAGCAGUGAUUAGCAUUUGGGAUUUAAUUGCCGUCCUAACGCCAAAGGGACCGCUUCGAAUGUUAGUGGAAACGGCUCAGGAGCGAAAUGAGCCAAUUUUCCCAGCUUUAAUUUAUUCGUCGACAAUUGCGUACACAUUCUCGAUGAGUUUAGCCGGCUAUGCGGAGACGGCAUUGGUGACUGUCGAAGAAAGUGGCGCUGAUGAAUCCGUGUCGUCGGCAGCACGUGAACGGGAACAAAAUAAUGAGAGAACGACUGACACAGAAGACGGUGGGUUUACCAGGGAAUGGGUCGAAACUCAUGCCGAUCGUAGUGCAAGGAGAGCUCAAGAAGUGAGAGAAAAUUACACGUCAACUGGUCCAGUUAAUCCUGGAGAACUUAACGCAGCUAUACAAGCAGCUCAGAGACAACGACUGAUUCCUAAUGAGGAAAGAGGCGUCAAAUUAGGAUUAGGAGAUUUCAUAUUUUACAGCGUUUUAGUUGGUAAAGCGUCGAGUUAUGGAGACUGGAACACGACUUUAGCUUGUUUCGUUGCUAUCCUCAUUGGGUUGUGCUUGACGCUUCUACUAUUGGCAAUAUUCAAAAAAGCCCUUCCAGCCUUACCGAUCUCAAUCACAUUUGGCUUGAUAUUUUAUUUUCUAACACGUGUAAUUGUUGCUCCAUUUGCUGACAGUCUAGCCAGUGAACAAGUAUUUAUUUAGUUUUCUUUAUUUUUAUAUUUUCACCACGUAUUUUAAUCGAUGCAAUUCUGUCCUGAAUAAAUAAAGUCUGCAAUUUUUUUUUUUUUUAACUUUUUUUUAACUUCAAUUUGUUAAUUAAGAGAACAACUUUGUAUUUUAAAUACAAAG